AAUGAGGGCGUGGCAGGGUGGAGGAGGAGAGGGGAUCAGCAGCAGGGAGGAGUGCUGCAGUGAAACAGGGAAAGCUGACAGCAUCCUCUUCUAAUCCCUCAGUCGUGCCUCAGCGUUGGAUGCUCUUUACAAAGUCUGAAAAAAAAAAUACUGAAAAAAAAUAGGAUUUAUUCAGAGCUCUGAAGCUUCGUUCUCACUUGUCCCGAGUCGAAGCGGAUGAAGACACCAGACAGGCUUUUUGGGCUUUUUGCCAGCAACAUAUCAUUGCAGCCACCUGAAGCAAAUGAAUGGGAGGCACAUCAUGGUGAAUGAAGGCACGAUGAGAGAUCUCUGUAGAGUUUAGUUUUUGGUCACAGAGAAGUGGAAAGAAAGACGUCCGUUCAGUCGCCUUUCUGUUUGAACAUCAGAAGAUCCAGCAAACCAGCCAAAGGAAGCCCGUUAGUUACACCAUUACUAAAUAAUAACACAGCUGGUCUUCCAAGCUGAGAUGGCGGACCAUUACCAGAACAACAUAUAUCACCAGGGAGGUGGGGACAGCUAUGGGACUUACGGAGAAGACGGUGGACCUGAUGGAUACGGAUACCAGGCAGACUAUCCUCCCCAGGAAGAGGACGCUGCGAGCGACGUGACCGAGGGACACGAUGAAGAGGAUCAGAUGUAUGAAGGAGAGUACCAGGGGAUCCCGCAUCCCGACGAGGUCAAGGCUGCCCAGAGAGCCGCACGAGCUAAGUCUCGAGAAGGCGGCAGCGGAGCUUCUGAGCUGGAGGAGUUGUCCGAGCAGUAUGAGGACAUCAUGGAGGACUGUGGCCACGGGAGGUUCCAGUGGACGCUCUUCAUGGUGCUGGGUUUGGCUCUGAUGGCUGACGGAGUCGAAUGCUAUGUGGUGGCGUUCGCUCUACCGUCGGCAGAAAAGGAUCUUUGUCUGUCCAACGGAGAGAAAGGAAUGCUAGGUCUGGUGGUCUUCCUCAGCAUGAUGGUCGGAGCCUUCCUCUGGGGCGGUCUGGCUGAUAAAACUGGCCGUCGGCGCUGUCUGAUCUGGGCCUUGGCCAUAAACUGCAUCUUUGCCUUCCUGUCAUCGUUUGCUCAGGGCUACGGCUUUUUCCUCUUCUUCAGGCUGCUGUCUGGCAUUGGCAUCGGCGGCACGGUGCCCAUCGUCUACUCGUACUUCUCUGAGUUCCUGCAGAUGGAUAAGAGAGGGGAGCAUCUGUCCUGGCUGUGCAUGUUCUGGAUGAUGGGUGGGAUUUACGCAUCAUUCACUGCAUGGGGAAUCAUCCCCAGAUACGGUUGGGGGUUCAGCAUGGGCACGGAGCUCCAGUUCCACAGCUGGCGCGUCUUCGUCCUCGUCGCAGCUCUUCCGGCCAUCGCCUCUCUGGUUGGACUCACCUUCAUGCCGGAGAGCCCCCGCUUCCUGCUGGAGCAUGCGAAACACGACGAGGCCUGGAUGAUCCUGAAGCGUGUCCACGACACCAACUGGAGAGCCAAAGGGCAGCCGGAGAAAGUUUUUACAGUGACGCAUAUUAAGGCGCCGAAGACGGCCGAGGACGAGUUCAUCGAGAUUCAGAGCGCCACGGGAACGCCGGUGCAGCGCUGGGCCGUGCGCUCGCUCACACUCUGUAAACUGGUGCUGAGAAACAUGGCGUCGCUGCUGUCUGCAGAGCUCAGGUUCUCCACGCUCUUCAUGGCCGUCAUCUGGUUCUGCAUGGCCUUCAGUUACUACGGUCUGUCUGUGUGGUUCCCCGACAUGAUCAAACAUCUGCAGUACGAGGAGUACGAGGCCAAGGUGAAGGUUUUCCACAGAGAACGAGUAGAGAACUUCCAUUUCAACUUUUCCUUGGAGAACCAGAUCCAUAAAGAGGGAGAAUACAUCCGGGACAGGUUCGUCGGCAUAGAGAUGAAAUCCGUGAAGUUUGAGGACUCCCUGUUUGAAGAAUGCCACUUCGAGGACAUCCGGUCCACGGACACGGUGUUUGAGAACUGCACCAUCCGCUCCACGCUCUUCUACAACACAGACCUUUGGGAGGAGAAGUUCAUCGACUGCAGGAUGGAGAACGCCACCUUCGAGCACAACAAACACGGCUGCCACCUGGACGCCAUGGAGGAGAACGACGUGUUGAUCUACCUGGUCAGCUUCCUGGGCAGCCUGGCCGUGCUACCGGGCAACAUCAUCUCCGCGCUGUUCGUGGAGAAGAUCGGCCGGGUCAGGAUCAUAGGCGGCUCCAUGCUCAUUUCUGCGGGCUGCUCCUUCUUCCUGUUCCUGAGCUUCAGCCAGUCGGCCAUCAUCGCUCUGCAGUGUAUGUUCUGCGCCGUCAGCGCCGCUGCCUGGAACGGUAUAGAGGUGGUGACCGUGGAGCUCUACCCCGCUUCUAAAAGGGCGACGGCAUUCGGCGUGCUGAACGCUUUGUGCAAGCUGGCGGCCAUCCUGGGGAGCUCCAUCUUCGCCAGCUUCGUUGGCAUCACCAAAGCCAUCCCCAUACUUCUGUCCUUCACGGCCCUGGUCUGCGGCGGCCUGGUGGCCCUCAAACUGCCCGACACACGGCAGAAGAUCCUGCAGUGAUCGGCCGAGGGGCGUCCUGGGGGAGGUGGGGGGGUGGAGGUCCGAAUCACACCCGCGUCAUGCCGGAAGCUGUCGGACGUCAUGUUGCACUCUGCAGACGGCGAGAAGAGAAACACUUCAGCUGUUCAAGUCAAACGCCAAGCGCUCGUUUCUUCAUGUGAACCAUAUUCAUCUGUACAGGGGGGGGGGAUAUUUUCCUCAGCUCAGUCGCACCAGAAACCCACUGAGGCGGUGGACCUGCUGGUGUCUGAUCCACCCUCUGCGUCUGUCGGCAGCGGCUCCAUGCAUGAGGAGAAACUUGGCCUUUCCAGCAGUACUAGAUCAUUUCCCGCCCGUGUGCUGAUGCCGAGAAAGAUGCUCCUUUAAGUUUUUAAACCCUAAGGUUUAAAAGCAGCGGUCGAGAAAUCCUGACUCGCCGCCAAGCGGGGCAAAAAGAGAGAGUUUGUGCCCUGAAACCCUAUAACACACGUUCAAGACCUCGAAAAACAAGUGGAAUCACUCUUCCUGAGCUGUGAGAUCAUAUUUAAGUCGUGGAAGAAAAUCUUUGGUCAUAAGGCAGAAUUGAUGUAGGUGUCAGACAAGGUAAAUCAUGCAGUGUGGCUGAUUCUCGUCUUCUCUACCUAUUGCUAUCUGACUCUUACAGUAUAAAUAAUAAAACCCAUAACUCGCUGUCCGUGCAUUGCAGCACUUGCAUAUCGGUCAUACUCCAGCAGUGCUAUCCGGCUGCAGCAGCAAACUGUGUAAUAAGUAAUUUUCAUUUGUGUCAUGGGAAAUGAGUCGUUAUCAUGUGAAAGCCCUGAACUGGUUUACAGUUUCCACCGGGCUUUGGACUUUGUUCAGGGAGCUGUUCAGGAAAAAAAAUAAAAUUAUUUUAAUUCCAAAGCAAACAGUUACGUUUCACGGUUGCAGUUUCUGGCACAACUUUGUUUCUGAUCAAUAUGAGUAAAAAAGACUGAGCGAUGAGCUAAAUCCACCCCAAUCUGUCAGUGUUUUGUCGCAGCUUCUCUGAGGACUUAACCGAUUUAAAAAAAAAAAAAA